AUGUAUGCUGAGCGACUUAUCUCAGUCAGAAGUGCUGCAUCGGAAACGAUGUCUGACCAAGAGAUGAAAUAUGAUCUUGCAGCAUCCAUUCAAAAAGGGAGUCUGGAUUGGGAGCGAGCUUUGCGUAUUCUAAAGCAUGCUCUUCGUAACACUCCAUCACCAGACUGGUGGAGGCGUGUGCUUCUCGUGGCUCCCUGUCACAGGCUUCAUGCCCAGGCUCCAACUCCGGGUGCCGUUUUUACGUCGGAAAUGGUUUGCGAAGCAGCGAUUGAAAGAAUUGUUGAAUUAUUGAAGUUGACUAAUUCAGAAAUCAAUUGCUGGCAGGAGUGGCUUAUCUUCUCAGAUAUAUUCUUUUUUCUCGUGAAAAGUGGAUGCGUUGAUUUUGUGGAGUUUGUGGACAAGUUAGUAUUGCGACUUCAAGAGGGUGAUCAACAAAUACUUAGGACGAACCAUGUUACGUGGUUACUUGCACAAAUUAUUCGGGUUGAACUAGUGAUGAAUGCUUUAAAUACAGACUCAAGAAAGGUGGAGACAACCAGAAAAAUUCUUUCGUUCCAUAAAGAGGAGAAAAGCUCUGAUCCAAAUAAUCCUCAAAGUAUCCUACUUGAUUUCAUUAGCAGUUGUCAGAACUUGCGCAUUUGGACACUAAAUACAGCAACAAGAGAAUACUUGAAUAACGAGCAGCUACAAAAGGGAAAGCAAAUUGAUGAAUGGUGGAGACAGGUUAACAAAGGAGAACGCAUAAUGGAUUAUAUGAAUUUGGAUGAUAGAUCAAUUGGGAUGUUUUGGGUUGUGUCCUACACAAUGGCCCAGCCUGCUUGUGAAACUGUGAUGCACUGGUUAACCUCCGCUGGGGUUACUGAGCUUUUACCUGGACCAAAUUUGCAGUCUAACGAGAGGUUAAUGGUGAUGCGUGAAGUUAGCCCGCUGCCAAUAUCAUUGUUAUCAGGAUUUUCCACAAAUUUGUGCUUGAAACUGGCUUUUCAGAUGGAAGAAUCAAUGUUUUCUGGACAGGUACUGACUAUGGUUUCCUCCUGUUGGUCUUUUCCAAAAAUAAAAAGAGAAAAGAAUUUUCUUUCUCAAGCUUAUGGAUCUCAAGAUCACCGAUCAAUUCAUCUACAUGCCUUCUAUAUAUAUAUAUAUAUAUAA